CAACCCCACUCCAGCAACCAUGAGCACCCCAAGCGCUCGGUUUGAGACCGUGGUGUGCGAGGGGCCACUCAUGAAGCGUGGCGGAAACGUGAAGACGUGGAAGAACAGAUGGUUUGUGCUGGACGCCAGAGGCUUGCUCCAGUACUACAAAGGCAACCCUCCUUCGCGCACGCUUCUGGACGUCAUUGACCUGACGGAAGUCACCAACAUCCGUGAGAGCAAACUGGAGGAAUGGGCUGCCAAGAGCGUCAUCCCACCGCAGUCCGUUGACCCAAUGAUGGCAAGGUGUAUUGAACUUGAGACGCCGAAGCGAACGUACUACCUGGUGGCAAAGGGCGACGACAUCCCAUGGCUGGAGCAGCUCAUGAGGGUGCGGAAGCAUGCACGGCAACAACGACGAACGACCAUCGAUGGCUCCGAGGCCCACUCGGCGGGCAAGGACCUGCUUGACGCAGCGCUGCACUUUGGAUGGAUCACCAAGAUGGGCGGCAGGAUCCGCAACUGGCGGCGGCGGUUCUUCAUUCUGACGGCGCAGGGCAUGUUGCUGUACGCAAAGGACCAGUCCUCGCUCGACCAGCCGCUCGGCAGCUUGCACGUGCGCCACAUUCAGGAGAUUAAGCCCCCAGAGGAGUGUGCGUGGGCGAGCAGCAGCAGCCGGCCUAAAUCCGCCCAGCCGGACGCGUGCUUUGAGAUUGUCACGGCAAAGCGAAAGUUCUGGCUCGUCUGUGAUACGCCGCAGGAGGCCCAGACCUGGGUCAACCAGCUUGAGGGCGCCUGCCUCUUCUACAGCCUUGCCUUCAGCUCCAUGCCACAGGCUGGGGAGGACGGCGACGACGCUGACGAGCGCAUGAGCGUCAUCUCUGUUUCGCCGUCGCCAAGUCGUGCCCGCACCCCGUCCACCGCCACCACCACAUCCGCCACCACCAGCGACGAGGGCGGUAGCGCACAGGACGGCCUCACUGACGAGAUUCAGCACAUGGUGGACGACGAGUUUAAACAGCACGAGGAGGCAGGUGUGCUUCUCCGCGCAAAGAAGAGCACCCUGAGACAGGCAGCUCGGCUUGCGAUGCGGGAGUCGCGCCUGUCGUCAACAGCAACGACGGCCGCCCACCGCCGCAUUCUCGUCCUCUACAACCCAGUCUCUGGCGCAGGCCAAGGUCGCAUCAUCGCGGAGCAUCACGUCGGCCCCAUUCUCCGUCUCGCAAAGAUUGACUUUGACAUUAUUCCAACAGAAUACGCAGGCCACGCCACCCACUUUGUCUCCAACCUUGAUCUGGAAUCCUUGGACGGGCUCGCUGUGUGUGGCGGCGACGGGCUGGUGUCGGAGGUGAUGACGGGCCUGAUGAACCGCGCUGACGAGCGGGCAAAAACGUUUCCAAUUGGAAUUGUUCCUGUUGGAACAGCGAAUGCAAUGGCGCACGCACUUGACAACAACGUUGCUCCCUCCGAAAACGACCUGAUCAGCCGCGCUGCUCUGGCCAUUGCAAAGGGGGCCACGAGGCGUGUGGACGUGCUUGACAUUCACAUGCAGCGCAAACCAAGCAUGGUUACGCACCUCUCAAAGAGCACAGUGAAGCCACCCAGUGUGGGCAACAGCAACGAUAACCAAGAUGGUGGCGGCGACGAUGAUGGCGACGAUGAUGACAGCUCAGAUGACAUUGACGUGGUGACACUUGCGGCUGAUGGUGUGGUGCUCUCGCGCGGAAGCAAUGCCAAUAACGAUAGCGGCAGCAACAGCACUGCUGCUCCUGAGGAUGAUAUGUACGGAAGUCCAUCCCACCCCGCCACCAACGAGCACAUCUACGGCCUGAGCUGUAUUGGGUGGGGUUUGACUGGUGCGUGCACAGCCCGGGCGCAACACCUGCGCUGGAUGCCUGGGCAGAAGAAAAUCCGAUACGAUGUCGCAGGCUUCCUCACGCUGCUCAAGGACUGGCCGAUUGUGUGCAAGUGCAAGUUUGAAUGGCUCGACUCCAAGACCAAUGAAUGGAUCGCAGAAGACAUUGGGAUUGUGAACAUGAUUGCGGCAAACAUGGACAAGCUCGGUGUUGCGCACGCCAUCUGCCGCGGUAUCAAACCAGACGAUGGCAUGAUUGGGCUCACCCUCAUCGACGACACGCACUCGCGCACGGGCACGGUUGCCGCGGCCAUGAGCUUGAAGAAGGGCAAGUACCUGGGCGACCACAAGAACGUGCGCACCGUGAUCACGUCUGAAUUUCGGAUGACGCCGGCUGAAGGCAGCAAAGCAGAGAGGAUCCCAUUCAACAUUGAUGGCGAUCCUGUCGACCCGGCCGCCGUUCAUGUCAAGGUGCUGCCGCAACGCAUGAGCGUGUUUGCACACCCGGCUUGAUGAUAAUGCAUCCAAGCAACCGACUCUGUUGACCGUGUUCUCAAAACACAACGUAUUGAACUUGAUGCUGACCCCUUGCUUGCUCGCUCCCUCUCUGCUGCUGGCUUGCUUUGCUGCUUUGACUGCCUUGCUUGCUUUGUUUUGCUUUGUUCUGCUUUCCUCCUUCAUUGAUUGUUCUUCUCCUCCUUCUCCUUCUGUCCUCCUCCUCCUCCUCCUCCUCCUCCUCUGCCUCUUGUUUGUGCGCACUGCUGCUACUGCGUUACUGCCCCAACCACACAACCACCACGGCCAUGAUUGCUUUCGCGUGAUAUUGUGUGUGUGUGUGUGUGUGUGUGUGUGUGUGUGUGUGUGU